AUGAGAGCAACUCUUCCCUUGCUUGCACUAUUCACUGCUCUCCCGGCUGUCCUGGCAGCUGGAAGAUGCAGAGAGGGUCUGAACUAUUGCGGAUCCACCUUGAUCUCGCUGGGAUGGACACAGAGCGAACUGCUGGCGAUUGCAGACGGAGACACCAACGUCGAGAAGGCUCUCUUUUACUGCGAGAUGGACGGCAUCGUCGAGUACUCUGGACCUUGUACAGUGUGCCAACGGGCCCCGGAUGGACAUUCUGAUGCCUGUGAUGAGAGUCAGGGCCCUUAA